UCUUUAUAAAACCCUUCUUCCUCCUGCUGUCUCAAUCCCCCCCCUAAAUUUCCUCUUGCAAAGCAAAAGGGAACCAAAGCUUUAACUACACUGCUGGUGUUUUGGGUACUUAGCUUUUCUACUAUUUUCUCUCAUUUUUCAUUGGAGUCUAUAUUUUCUUGGAAAAAAAAUGUCAGCUGGCAUGGGAAAAUGUAGCAAAAUCCGCCACAUCGUCAGGCUUCGACAAAUGCUGCGCCGGUGGCGGAACAAGGCUCGCAUGUCUGCUAAUCGUAUUCCUUCAGAUGUUCCUACUGGACACGUGGCUGUCUGCGUUGGAACCAGUUGCAGGAGAUUUGUGGUGCGCGCCACGUACCUGAACCAUCCGGUCUUCAAGAAACUCUUAGUGCAAGCCGAGGAAGAGUAUGGCUUCACUAACCAAGGUCCCUUAGCGAUUCCCUGUGACGAGACAAUAUUUGAGGAAGUGAUUCGAUACAUUUCGCGAUCAGAGUCGGGAAAUUCGACCUGUUUCUUGAAUCUGGAAGAUUUCCAGAGGUAUUGCCAUGUCGGAGUUAGGAGUAAGCUCGAUUUUUGGACCGAAUCUCUGCCUUUGCUUCAUGGCUUCGCUGAAUAAACCAUAUGGUAAGUGAAAAUAACAACUGGGAUUUGGUUGUUGUUUGUUUCUUGAAAAUAAAAGAGAUAAACAGUAACGUUCUGGCUUUGGCCCUAGAUCGACUCAGACCGUGUUAGGAAAAGGUAUCCACGAGAAAAUUUUAUCGGGUCCAAAAUAUUCGAGUUCAUUGGAUGAAUUGGGUUAACUCGGCUGAGUUUCCCUAUUUCUUAUGGGUUUUGAUUUUUACUAACAAUGUACAAAGAGGUAAGUUAAUGGGUUUUUGGUUGGGGGAGGGGGGGGGGGGGG